GCACGCAGGCAGGUGCGCUCCUCCGCAGCAGGUAUUUAAGGACCGAGGAGGGAGUCUCUGAUCAGGCAGCGGUGAGAGAGGACAAAGGAGGGAAGAGAAGCGACCGACAGAGGCCACCGAGCAUCUUUGCCUGGGAGUCGCCCGGAGAGCUGCCUCCCGCCACAGAGCCUCUGCCCGCCUGGAAGAUGCUGAGAUCAUGCUGCAGCCGCUCAGGGGCCCUGCUGCUGGUCUUGCUGCUUCAGGCCUCCAUGGAAGUGCGUGGCUGGUGCCUGGAGAACAACGAGUGUCAGGACCUCACCAUGGAAAGUAACCUGCUGGCGUGCCUGCAGGCCUGCCAGCGCGAACUCCGGGCCAGCAUGCUCGUGUCCCCAGGCGACGAGCACCUGCUGACCGACGACCGCCAGAAGUACGACGCGGGCCAGCAGCACGUCGAGGAGGUCGGGGCGAACAUCGGCCUCCUGGGGCCCCAAGGUGAAGGCACCGAGCCCGGCCAGGCCGGCCACCUCACGGGCAAGCGCUCCUACUCCAUGGAGCACUUCCGCUGGGGCAAGCCGGUGGGCAAGAAGCGGCGCCCCGUGAAGGUGUACCCCAAUGGCAGCGAGGACAGGUUGCCCGCAGCCCUCCCGGUGGAGUUCAAGAGGGCGCUGGCAGACGAGCGCCCCGACGGCCUGGCAGAGAGCGUGGAAGACCUGGAGGAUGGCCCGGAGGGGGACACCCAGAAGGCGGAGAAGAAGAACAAUGGGCGCUACAAGAUGGAGCAUUUCCGCUGGGGCAGGCCGCCCAAGAGCAAGCGCCACGAGGGCUUCAUGACCGAGAAGAUGCAGAGCCUGGACCAGGUGUACCUCGAUGGCACUGACGACGAGACAGGGGAGGGCCCCGAGGGCCUAGAAGAGAGCGUGGCCGACCUGGAGGACGGCCUGGUGGGGGACACCCAGGAGGCGGACAAGAAGAAGAAGGGGCGCUACAAGAUGGAGCAUUUCCGCUGGGGCAGGCCGCCCAAGAGCAAGAGCAAGCGCUAUGGUGGCUUCAUGACCGAGAAGAGCCAGACGCCCCUCAUGACGCUGUUCAAAAACGCCAUCAUCAAGAACACCCAAGAGAAGGGCCAGUGAGGGGCAGCCGGCCCAGGGGCUUCUCUCCCUGGGAGUCCACCAGAAGGCCCCUCUCCUGUCUCCAGGCCGCCUCCAGGCCCAGGUGAUUUGCUCGCCUGGGAGGGAGGCCUGGCAGACCAUCAGCCUCUCAAAGCUGUAGUUAGGAAAUAAA